GCAGGAGAGUAAUGGGGCAUUUCUGAGAUCUCUGAGCAGUUUGGUGUGGCAGGAGGGGCAGAGUGUCAGGAGGCAAGUCUGGGGGGAUGAGCAGGAGCCAGAUGAAGCACAGCCUUGUAGGCCAUGCAGAGGUUUAGCAGGAGUUUAGGGAGCUGUGAUGAAUCAAAUUUACAUUUGUAACUGGAGGCAGAGAGAUCAGAGAAAAGGCUGUGGCAGUCAGUAGUCCAGGUAAGAAAUGGCCUAAACCAAGUGAAAGUGAGGAGAGAUGCAUGUACAUACACACACAGAGGGUUUGGUGUUUUUCUCAGAAUUUCUUGGCCAAUGAGAUGGGGAAGGAAGCAGAGUGAGGGGUCCAGGAUGCUCUCAAGUGUCUGACUAGAGUGCCGGAUGGAGAGUGGGGCCAGUUUGCCGAGGUCACUGAAGAGGAAGAGCUGUUUGGACACGUAGAAUUUGAGGAGCCUGUGGUUGGUUGCAGGGUUGGAAAGCAGUUGGAUCUGAGCUGGAGAGAAAUCUGAGUCACCAACACAUGAUGCUCCUUGAAGCUACAGCAGAAGAUGAGGUCAUCUGGGGAGAAGUGCAUAGAAUGAGAAGACACCCUGCCUCAGAGGGCUGAGGGUAAAGCUGUGCAGGAGACUGAGAAGCGGCAGACAGAAAGGGAGGAGGAAAGCCAGGAAGGGAGGUGUUACCAGAGUACAGGGAAAGGGACUGGAGAAGGAGCAGCCAGGCUCGCUUGCUGAUUGCCUCCACUCUGUCAGGACACCCACCCUGUCCUGCUCUGACUCAUUCUUUUGCUUCCCCUCUACAGACCAGAUGUUCGCCAUCCAGCCAGGGGUAGCUGAGGGGGGCCAGUUGCUGGGGGGCCCACCUCCUGGAGUAUGUCAGCCUGAGUUUCAUCCAGACAGCAACUCCAACUUCAUGGCGAGUGCCAAGGACGCCAAUGAGAAUUGGCAUGGGAUGCCAGACCAAGUGGAGCCCAUCCUGAUGAGGAGCUCCUCCGAGUUGCCCUCUGACAACCAGGCCUUCCAGGACCCUGGACUCCCUGAGGGGGAGCUCCGCAGCCCACCAGAGGGAGCAGAGAUCCCCAGAGCUGAGCCUGAGAAGAUAAGUGGUACCGGCACAAUCUGCUCCCCUCUGGAGGACAAUGGCUAUGCCAGCAGCUCCCUAAGCAUCGACAGCCUUAGUAGCAGCCCUGAGCCUUCCUGUGGGACUCCUCACGGCCCUGGGCCUUCAGAUCCCCUUCUGCCCUCGGUGGCCCAGGCUGUGCAGAAGCUGCAGGCUCAAGAGCGCUACAAAGAGCAGGAGAAGGAGAAGCACCACAUGCACUUGGUGAUGUACCGCCGCCUGGCCCUGCUCCAGUGGAUCCGAGGCCUGCAGCAUCAGUUGGUUGACCAGCAGGCCCGCCUUCAGGAGAGCUUCGACACCAUCCUAGACAACCGAAAGGAGCUUAUCCGCUGUCUCCAACAUAAGGCAGCACCGUCCAGGCCCUAGGACCAGGAUUAAGAGUGUGCCUCUCUGGGUAUAUGUAUAUAUUUGCAGGCAUGUGCGAGAUUGUGUACAAGUGUAUGAUUAGCUGGUAUGAGUGCAGGUAAGCAUAAGUGAGUAUGUAUGUGCUAACAUGUGCCAGGCAUCAGCUUAUGUGUGCUGUAUAUAUACACAGCCUAAAUUAUGUGCAGGCCUGUGUGAGUGUGUCCAUCUAUGUAUGUAUGGUAUGUAUGUAAGAGAGUAAUAACGUUUUGGUUAGUUUACUUUAUUGUAAGAAUACAGUGUAUAACUCAUAUAACAUACAAAAUAGGUGUUAAUCGACUAUUUAUGUUAUCCAUAAGGCUUCCGGUCAGCAGCAGACUAUUAGUAGUUAAGUUUUUGGAGAGUCAAAAGUUCUACAUGGAUUUUCGACUGUUUCAGAGAUCGACACUCCUAAAACCUUCGUUGCUCAUGGGUCAACUGUACAUACAAAAGAAGUGUGUGCCAAUGAGUAGGUUUGAAUGUUGAGGCUUGUGGUGGGUGUAUAUGAGUGAGCUCUUGUCUGUGUAGGCCUAUAAAUAGGGGUGCAUGUGUGCUGGUGAGGCCUGGGAAGUGUAUAUUAGGAACAUGUAUUUGCAGGCAGACUCCUGAGCAAGGGUGUGCAAAUAUAUAUUCAAUUGCACAUGUGGGGCAUCCAUCCACACCCUAUGUUAUCCAUGACCUGCUGUAGCUUUUUUUCUUCACAGGGCCCCACUGCUCCCUGGAAAGAGGGUCUCUUGGGGUUUCCCAGGCCACCCCUCCUUCACCUUCCCCUCACUCUUCCUAAAUUUUGCUCUGCUAAGGCUGUUGUCCCUGACCAUGGAUUUGCUGUAGAUGGUAGCCGCUUUGGCCUGUCAAGGCUUUUUGGCUGCAAUUUUGCCAGAGCAGUUGGUAGAGAAUUAAUAUCAGGCAGGGGAGCUGGGGGUGGUGAUUGACACCAUGGCAGGAAUGGGGGUGGCAUCAGAGAAGAAGAUAGGGACUGUCUCUCUUGAACUCUGCCUCCCAGCAUGUGGGAGAUGGGGAUGUGGAGAUGAUCAUGGUAGAACCCUGUGAAAAAUAGGAGUUGGGGAAUUCUUAAAUGCCAGUUCCAAACAAACCACAAACCAGCUCCUCUCCACUGCAAAGGAGCUGUUACAGACCGUACUGAUUUAAGCUUCUGAUGAAAAGAAAUGUGUGCUAAUAAGCUUGCAAGGAAUGGACAAGGUGUUCCCAGGCUGUUGGGUAAAAUCCCGCUUCUGUCUCUGUGCCUCUACUUGCUGUGCCUCUCUGGAUUUAGCAGCACUGGAUGUUGAAUUAGUUUGGUUCUUUUCCCUGAAAUCAGACUGCCUGUGCCAGGAGGAGCCACAGUUCUUUCAAGAGUGGGCAGGGGGCAGGGUCAGCCCUACCCCUGUAACCUCUUAGGAUGCUGAAUCAUACCCCCUUUCAUCACUGAAUGGCCCCCUAAAUGGGAGUUGACAGGCUCCAGCAGAAGCUCUGUGAGGUGGAGAGCUGGUGAAUUCUGGAGAGAGCCAAAGACUAAGGUAGCCAAGCUCUCGGUUUUGCUUCUGGGAGCCAAGAGGUUGCAAGAUCCUAAUGGGUGAGCAGUGGCAUGGAGGUCACUGAUCCUACCUCUGGCUCUCAGUCUUCCUAUCUGUAAAAUGUGGGGCUCUUUCUAUCUCUAGGUGGGUGGGUGGGUGAAAGCAAUGGGAAGUGAGGCUGAGACAGUGACCCUGGGGACUUGUGUCUAGCUCUUGCAUGUUGAGUCUGAACCAAGAUGAAUAAACUGGAGCAGAGAAAUGCA